UCUCCCGUUUCUCCCGGAGUCCAGCCCGGGCCCGGAAAGGACCGUCCUGGGGGGCGACACUCGGUUGAAAGUGGGCGAGGGGCGCGGCGCGUCCCAGCCUCGCCAACCCACCCCUUGUUGAGCUUGGCCCCGUCGGAGACCCCCGGCCCGGCGGAGGAGGAGGAGGUGGGGAGGGGGCGGCUCCGGACCCCCCCACCCCGAGGAUUAUAAAGCCCAAAGCCUCUGCCUGCCGCCGAGGAGGGGCGCCCGGACAGCAUGCGGACCCUCGCCCUCUGGUCCUUUUUGAUCCUGCAGAGGAUCUCCGGAGCCCAAGAUGACGUCCCGCCGUAUUUCAAGACGGAGCCGGUCCGGACCCAGGUCCACCUCGAAGGGAACCGCUUGGUGUUGACGUGCAUGGCCGAAGGCAGCUGGCCCCUGGAAUUCAAGUGGCUCCACAACAGCCAGGAGCUGACCAAAUUCUCCCUGGAAUACAGGUACAUGAUCACUUCCCUGGACCGCACCCACGCCGGCUUCUACCGCUGCAUCGUACGGAACCGGAUGGGGACCCUACUGCAACGUCAGACCGAGGUCCAGGUGGCCUACAUGGGCAGCUUUGAGGACAGCGAGAAGCGUCAGAGUGUGUCUCAUGGAGAAGCCGCCGUGAUCCGCGCCCCCCGCAUCGCCAGCUUCCCCCGCCCGCAGGUCACCUGGUUCCGUGAUGGCCGCAAGAUUCCGCCCAGCAGCCGCAUCGCCAUUACGCUGGAGAACACCCUCGUCAUUCUCUCGUCGGUGGCCCCGGACACGGGCCGCUACUACGUGCAGGCCGUUAAUGACAAGAACGGGGACAACAAGACGAGCCAGCCCAUCACUCUCACCGUGGAAAAUGUCGGAGGCCCGGCUGACCCCAUCGCCCCCACCAUUGUCAUCCCACCGAAGAACACCAGCGUCGUGUCUGGAACCUCGGAGGUGACCAUGGAGUGCGUGGCCAAUGCCAGGCCUCUGAUCAAGCUGCACAUCGUCUGGAAGAAGAACGGGGUGCCGCUCCUCGGGGGGCUGAGCGACCACAACCGCCGCCUCACCAUCCCGCACCCCACCGGGAGCGACGCCGGCUACUACGAGUGCGAAGCCGUCCUGCGCAGCAGCAGUGCCCCCUCUGCCACCCGGGGGGCCGUGCUGUCCGUGCUGGAGCCACCCCAGUUUGUCAAGGAGCCGGAGAGACACAUCACAGCAGAGAUGGAGAAGGUAUUGGACAUCCCUUGCCAAGCCAAAGGCCUCCCGCCGCCCGUCAUGUCCUGGUACAAGGACGCAGCCCUUAUCGAGGUGGAGAAGCUGCCCCGUUUCCGCCUGCGCGGGGACGGGAGCCUGCAAAUCAGCGGGCUGGUACCGGAUGACACCGGGAUGUUCCAGUGCUUCGCCCGCAAUGCCGCCGGAGAGGUGCAGACGUCCACCUACCUCGCCGUCACCAGCAUCGCCCCCAACAUCACCAAGGGCCCCUCGGACAGCACCGUCAUCGACGGCAUGACCGUGGUGCUGGCCUGUGAGACCUCGGGGGCCCCCCGCCCCGCCAUCACCUGGCAGAAAGGCGAAAGGAUCCUGGCCAGUGGCUCCAUCCAGCUGCCUCGGUUUACCCUGCUGGAGUCGGGCAGCUUGCUCAUCAGCCCCAGCCGCAUCUCCGAUGCCGGCAGCUACGUCUGCGUGGCGACCAACUCGCGGGGGGUCGACGAAGCGUCCGCGGAUCUGAUCGUGUGGGCCCGGACGCGGAUCACCACCGGCCCCCAGGACCAGAGCGUCAUCAAGGGCACCAAAGCCUCCAUGACCUGCGGUGUCACCCAUGACCCCAGUGUGACUGUCAGGCACGUCUGGGAGAAGGAUGGCUCGUUACUGAACCUCGAAGGUGCCCCCCGCCUGCGGCUGGGCCAGGACGGAUCCCUGCACAUCUCCCAGACCUGGUCAGGAGACAUUGGCACCUACACCUGCCGGGUGCUGUCCGUAGGAGGGAACGACUCACGCAGUGCCCACCUCCGCGUCCGGCAACUGCCCCAUGCUCCUGAGCACCCUGUGGCUACCCUGAGCACCACAGAGCGACGCGCCAUCAACCUGACCUGGCCCAAGCCCUUUGAUGGCAACAGCCCGCUCAUCCGCUUCAUCGUGGAGAUCUCCGAGAACAAUGCCCCCUGGACGGUGCUGCUGGCCAACGUGGACCCCGAGGCCACAUCCGUGGUGGUCAAGGACCUGGUGCCCGCCCGCUCCUACCAGUUCCGCCUCUGUGCCGUGAACGACGUGGGCAGGGGCCAAUUCAGCAAGGACACCGAGAGGGUCUCCCUCCCGGAAGAGCCUCCGACGGCGCCUCCUCAGAAUGUCAUCGCCAGUGGACGCACCAACCAGUCAAUCAUGAUCCAAUGGCAGCCUCCUCCCGAGAGCCACCAAAAUGGUGUCCUCAAGGGCUACGUCAUCAGGUUCUGUCUAGCCGGCCUGCCCGUCGGCUACCAGUUCAAGAACAUCACCAACGCCGACAUCAACAACCUGCUCCUGGAAGACCUCAUCAUCUGGACCAACUACGAGAUCGAGGUGGCGGCCUACAACAGCGCCGGCCUGGGCGUCUACAGCAGCAAAGUGACCGAGUGGACCCUGCAAGGAGUUCCCACAGUCCCCCCGGGGAACGUGCAGGCCGAGGCCACCAACUCCACCACGAUACGCUUCACCUGGGUCGCUCCCAGCCCCCAGUUCAUCAACGGCAUCAACCAGGGUUACAAGCUCAUUGCCUGGGAGCCGGAGCAGGAAGAGGAGGUUACCGUGGUGACUGUGAGACCCAACUUUCAGGAUAGCAUCCACGUGGGUUUCAUCUCGGGCCUGAAGAAGUUCACGGAGUACUUCACAUCGGUGCUGUGCUUCACCACGCCCGGGGACGGACCCCACAGCUCCCGGCAGCUGGUCCGCACCCACGAAGAUGUUCCUGGCCCCGUGGGACACCUCGGCUUCAGCGAUAUCCUGGACACCUCCCUGAAGGUCAGCUGGCAAGAGCCCGUGGAGAAGAACGGGAUCCUCACGGGUUACCGGAUCUCCUGGGAGGAAUACAACCGCACCAACACCCGGGUGACGCACUACCUGCCCAACGUCACGCUGGACUAUCGGGUCACCGGCCUCACCGCCCUCACCACCUACACCAUCGAAGUGGCAUCCAUGACCUCCAAGGGGCAGGGACAGGUGUCCUCCUCCACCAUCUCCUCCGGGGUGCCGCCAGAGCUUCCAGGGGCUCCCACCAACCUGGGCAUCUCUAAUAUCGGUCCCCGCUCUGUGACCCUCCAGUUCCGACCCGGCUACGAUGGGAAAACAUCCAUCUCCCGGUGGCAGGUGGAGGCCCAGGUGGGAGUGACCGGCGAGGGGGAAGAGUGGGUGCUGGUCCACCACGUCAGCAACGAACCCGACGCCCGCUCCCUGGAGGUGCCCGACCUCAACCCCUACACCCACUACAGCUUCCGCAUGCGGCAGGUGAACAUCGUGGGUAGCAGCCCGCCCAGCCUGCCCUCCCGCCGCAUCCAGACCCUCCAGGCGGCCCCCGAUGUGGCACCCGCCAACGUCACCCUGCGCACAGCCAGCGAGACCAGCCUGUGGCUACGUUGGAUGCCCCUCCCGGAGGCGGAGUACAACGGCAGCCCAGAGUCGGUGGGCUACAAGAUCAAGUGCGCUCGAGCCGACGGGACGGGCAAGGCCGCGGCCCACGUGAUCCCCGACCGGGCGGAGCGCGAAUACACCCUCGAGGACCUGGAGGAGUGGACCGAGUAUCGUGUCCAAGUCCAGGCCUUCAACGCCAUCGGCCCCGGGCCCUGGAGUCAGGUGGUCGUCGGACGGACCAGGGAGUCAGUGCCCUCAUCCGGCCCCACCAACGUCUCAGCACUGGCCACCACCUCGAGCAGCAUGCUGGUCCGUUGGAACGAGAUCCCCGAGGCCGAUCGCAACGGACUCGUCCUAGGCUACAAGGUGUUGUUCAAGGAAAAGGACUCGGACGGCCAGACGCAGUUCUGGCCGGUGGAAGGGAACACUUCCCGAAGCGUCCAGCUCACGGGCCUGGCCAAGUACGUGCUCUACGAGAUCCGGGUGCUGGCCUUCACGCGCGUCGGGGACGGUGGGCCCAGCACCCCGCCCGUCCUGGAGAGGACCCUCGAUGACGUGCCUGGACCCCCGGUGGGUAUCCUCUUCCCGGAGGUGAGAACGACCUCGGUUCGCUUGAUCUGGCAGCCUCCGGCGGCCCCCAACGGCAUCAUCCUGGCCUACCAGAUCACCCACCGGCUCAACACCACCGCCGCCCACACCGCCGCCGUGGAGGUGCUGACACCCAGUGCCCGGCAGUUCACCGCCACCGGCCUCAAGCCCGAGUCCGUCUACCUGUUCCGCAUCACUGCCCAGACCCGCAAGGGCUGGGGGGAGGCGGCCGAGGUUCUGGUGGUCACCACGGAGAAGAGAGACCGUCCUCAGCCUCCCAGCAAGCCGGUGGUGCAGCAGGAGGAUGUAGAGGCGCGCAGCGUGCUGCUGGGUUGGGAGGCGGGCAGCGACGGGCUCUCCCCGAUCCGCUACUACACCGUCCAGGCCCGGGAGCUGCCCGGAGGCCGCUGGACCCUGCACUCCGCCGCCGUCAGUCACAACGCCACCGCCUUCCUGGUGGACAGGCUCAAGCCCUUCACAUCCUACAAGUUCCGGGUGAAGGCGACCAACGACAUCGGAGACAGCGAAUACAGUGAGGAGUCGGAAUCACUGACCACACUGCAAGCAGCUCCAGACGAAGCGCCCACCAUCCUCUCCGUGACCCCUCACACCACCACCUCGGUACUGAUCCGCUGGCAGCCCCCCGCCGAGGACAAAGUCAACGGGAUCCUGCUGGGCUUCCGGAUCCGCUACCGGGAGCUGGUGUACGACGGGCUGAGGGGCUUCACGUUGCGGCCCAUCGCUAAUCCCCAGGCCAGAUGGGCGGAGCUGACGCCCGUGUACGCCGUGCAGAACCUGAGCCGUCCCAGCCUCACCCAGUACGAGCUGGACAACCUCAGCAAACACAAGCGCUAUGAGAUCCGUAUGAGCAUCUACAACGCCGUGGGAGAGGGUCCCCCCAGCCCACCUCAGGAGGUGUUUGUCGGGGAAGCAGUGCCGACCGCGGCCCCCUGCAACGUGGCUGUCCAGGGCACUACGGCCUCACAGCUGGAUGUGACUUGGGAACCUCCACCACCAGAGGCUCAGAAUGGAGAUAUCCAAGGCUACAAGAUCUAUUUCUGGGAGGCCCUGAGACGGAACGACACGGAGCGCGUGAAGACCCUCUUCCUUCCCGAGAACGGCGUCAAGCUCAAGAACCUGACCGGCUACACGGCCUACCUGGUCAGCGUGCUGGCCUUCAACGCGGCCGGGGACGGCCCCCGCAGCAGUCCCGCCCGGGGACGGACCCAGCAAGCAGCCCCGAGCGCUCCCAGCUCCGUCAGGUUCAGCGAAUUGACCACCACGUCGGUGAAUGUGUCCUGGGAGGCCCCUCUGUUCCCCAACGGUGUCCUCGAAGGCUACAGGCUGGUGUAUGAACCCUGCACCCCCGUCGACGGGGUCAGUAAGAUUGUGACAGUCGACGUCAAGGGCGGCAGCCCCCUGUGGUUGAAGGUGAAGGACCUGGCCGAGGGAAUAACCUAUCGCUUCCGGAUCCGGGCCAAAACCUUCACCUACGGGCCAGAGGUUGAAGCCAACAUCACCACCGGUCCCGGAGAAGGUGCCCCCGGCCCCCCCGGGACCCCCAUCAUUGUCAGAUACAGCUCGGCCAUCGCCAUCCACUGGUCCAGCGGAGACUCUGGGAAAGGACCGAUCACCCGUUACGUCAUCGAGGCCCGGUCCUCAGAUGAGGGGCUGUGGGACAUCCUGAUCAAAGACAUCCCCAAAGAGGUGACCUCCUACACCUUCAGCAUGGACAUCCUGAAGCAGGGAGUCAGCUACGACUUCCGGGUCAUCGCCGUGAACGACUAUGGCUUCGGCACGCCCAGCGCCCCUUCCCAGUCUGUCCCAGCCCAGAAAGCCAAUCCCUUCUAUGAAGAGUGGUGGUUCCUCGUGGUCAUCGCUCUGGUAGGCCUUAUCUUCAUCCUGCUACUUGUCUUCAUCCUCAUCAUCAGAGGCCAGAGCAAAAAGUACGCUAAGAAAUCAGACUCGGGGAGCAACUCCAAGUCGAACGUCCUAAGCCACGGUGAGAUGGUGAGUCUGGACGAGAGUAGCUUCCCGGCCCUGGAGCUCAACAACCGGCGACUUUCGGUGAAGAACUCCUUCUGCAGAAAGAACGGCAUCUACACCAGGUCCCCUCCCCGGCCCAGUCCCGGCAGCCUCCACUACUCCGAUGAGGACGUGACCAAGUACAAUGACCUGAUCCCGGCAGACAGCGGCAGCCUCACCGAGAAGCCCUCCGAGAUCUCCGACUCCCAGGGCAGCGACAGCGAGUACGAGGUGGACCCCAAUCCUCAAGGGGCCCACUCCUUCGUCAACCACUACAUCAGCGACCCCACCUACUACAACUCCUGGCGCCGGCAACAGAAGGGGAUUUCACGGGCCCAGGCCUACAGCUACACCGAGAGCGACUCGGGGGACCCCGACCACGGCCCCGGCGGCCCCGGCCCCCAGCAGGGCAGCCUCUUCCGGCCCAAAACCAGCCGGACUCCAACGCCCCAGAACCCCGCCCACCCCCAGAGCCAGCAGACCACCCUGUACCGGCCCCCGAGCAGCCUGGGCCCCGGCUCACGGGCCCCUAUAGCCGGAUUCUCAUCAUUCGUCUGACGGCCAGAAGAGACCGGGACGUGGUAAAACGCCUCCCUGCCCUCCCUCCCCGACCCUGCCGAGCCAGGUCCACCAGCCCAUCCGCCACGUUCGUUUUAGCCGAGACCCCGGGGCAAAAACGCUCUGCCCAACAGGAGCAGAGGAGAGAGGCGUGGGGAGAGAGAGAGAGAGAAAGAGAGCAUGAGUGCACGUGUGGAAGACAAUCACCCUAGUUGUUCCCCGCUGAUGUUUGUUGCUGCGAUGUCAACCUGGAUGGCCCCAUCCCCUCCCACCACCACCCCCAGACCACCCGGCCAGGAAGGUGAGGGGUGGGAAAGCCGUGGGGGUGGCCCAUAGCAAGGCUGAGGCAACGGUGGGGACAGAGAGAGAGGCCGUGGCCUCUCCGAGCUGGAGCACUGUGAGACUCACCGACCAUGGCCCCACCCCUCCGUUCACCCUGGCUGCUGGGCCACCAUCCACUGGGCCACCGGGCCCAGCCUGGGGAUGCCAAAGCACACAGAGAGAUGCCCAGUCGAGGGCCACUCCGUAACUGGUCCAUGGUCCCUGUUGCAAGGCCAGCAGUGAGGGUAGUUGUGCCUUGAUUCCCUCCCUGACAUGACAGGUGCAGGGAGUGGGAUGGUUGUGUCUGACCUAGAAGCUGGUCUCUAGCCCCUCCCUUGGGGCAGGGGGACAGAGAAGAAGCACAGGACUCAGGUACCCCCCAUCCCCUUUGAUGACCAGAGCCCAGGCUUCCCCCAGCCCAGGGGGAGUUUUGCCCAAACUCAGCUUCUUCUGCUUCCUCUCCCUGUUUUGGGCUGGGCUGCUUCUCUCUUUCUUUUUUGAAGAGAACAAAAGUGGAAAGAGGAGGCUGAUUCCCUGCUUUGUUUUUUGCCACGCUAUAGGGUGUUGGGCAAUGUGCAGGUGUGGGAUGAAGAAAGAGAGAGAGAAUUGGGGGUUGCCUCUUGCCAUCACUUGACUUAAAUUUGCCUUUCAGAGAACUGUCUGGAGGAAGCUGAGAUCCCCACUGUCAGACCCAGCCAAGUGGCGGGCAGGGGGAAUGGGACAAUUUCAACCUGGCCUGAGGGUUGGAAGGGAGGGAAAGCGGUGAAGACUUUAAUUCCAGUGGCUUCUGUCCUUCCCCCUUCCCACCCAGUGGCCCGUGUCUGCCCUGGGUCCCAACCGGAGUGGGGCAUGUGAAUAGGAAAACUCCCUAAAGAAGGAAACUAACUUGGUUUAUGAAAAUGCUCAGAUCCAGGAGCUAUCAAUGGGAGAAUGGGGGUGAGGGAAUGGUGUGAGGGGAUGGGAAGAGAAAGGGCAGGAACCUCUGGAGGGAGAACUAUUGCACAACCAACCCAGGAGUCAACCUGACUCCCCCUGGCCCUUCCCUUCCCACCCCUUAAAAAAGGAAAGAAGCAUCUCCUGGUACCCAGAGAAACCAAGGCUAAAGUGGUCUUCCUUCCUCUGAUUGCAGAUUGUGUUACCAACAUAUACACACACACACACACACCUGUGAACACCCGGGCACAGACUCCCAUGACUCAAUGCCUGCCGGGUUAGUGGAACUUCAACCACUGAGGUUCAGGAGCGGAGAGGCAGGCCGAGGCCUCGUCUCCUUCAGAUCAGAUCCUUCCAGGAGAGCUUAACAGGACCAGACUGCCGGUCUGGGUCAGAAGGAAGCCUGUCCCUCACCCUGUCCCCCAACAAGUACCCAUUCCUUCGAGGACCGGGCCGUUCACUUCCCCUCCCCGGAGUCCAGGGUCAAAAGAACCAAAGAAAAAUCUUCCCAUCAGCCCAACUGACAGGCAGGCGGGAGAACCCAGCACCAAGUUAAAACAGGCGAUCCCAAGAGGGCAAAAAAUAGACCGGGCUCGGCCAUGGGAGAAACCUCACUAACAUCUGCAGCGGGGAAACCGCUCCGGGACUUUUGGAAGGCAAGACGGGAAAUGUUCCCACAAAGCGACUUUCUCCUGGCAUCCUGGAGAGUCCCACUCAUUCCGGCAUCCCUAGAGGAGGAUCUGUGGAGUUGGGGGUGGUCUAUUGGCCAGAUCCUGGCUCCACACAUCCAGACUAGGCAAGAGAGGAGGCCCAGGAGCCUGGCAACAGAGCACUUGGGGGAGCUGGUCGCGCAUGUGUGGGUGUGGGUGUCUAGACUGAACUACUGGGUGGAGCCGGCAAAGAGGAGUUUAUCCAGCGGAAGAUUUGGAGAAGCAGAGCAUCAUGAGAUGCGGAAGGCCCUGGACCGAGGUGCCUGGAGAAACAGGCCAGUGGAACUGUCCUAAGUCUCCUGGAGAUGAGGGAGAGAGCUUUGGGUUGGUCUACUAGAACGCCAGCACCCUGCCAUCCACAACUGCUUUUUCUGUCCCCUCUUCCCCCGCCCCACCCCUUGCCGACCAGGGCCUGCCCACAAAGUCGUGGGGCAGCCUGAAGGUUGGCAAUGGCAGGGGGAGGAUUUAGGGCUUUCAGGAGUUUGGUUCUACCUUAAACUUACAGGUCACUUGUGGAUCUUUCUCCCUGUUGCCUCUUUCAUGCCCUCUCCAUCCCCGGAUAUCAGCUUCUUCCAGUUCCCUAGUGCGCCAGCCAGCCCCGGCUCCUGUACCCCCCAGCUCCCUAGUGGGUGGGUGAGAGAGCACGGUUAUUUGAAGCCUCGGGCACCAGCCCCAGAGCCAGCUGCCCCUGCAUCUAUCUAGCACCCUCGAGCCAACUUGGAUCCAAAGAUAGGCCCAAGAAGAAUGCCAAGUUCUGAGGGGCCGGGGGGAGGGGGGGGUCUCGGGAGCCAAUCAGCUAUGGGGUAGGCAGGGGGCACGGCCUGGCAGCCGAUGGACAAGUGACUGGCAGAAGAACCCCUCCCGGAUGUAACCGUUGGGAAGGAAGGAAGGACUCCCUCGUUGAAAGAGGAUCCCGCCAAAGGAAUCAAUCUCAUUCCCCUGCCACAGGACAAAGGGGAUCAAAGCUGAAAUCUAAGCUUGCUGUUCCUGUCUUCUUUGACCAUUACCCCCAAGGGAUUAAUACCCCAGGGGGAAAGUCUGGAGCCAGCUAGAAGCUGGGGGGGUCAAGAACAGACAGGGUAGGGCUAAAGCAGCAGACAGGGUAAAACUCAACCACCACCUCUCCCUCCCCCAUCCCCGGCACCACAAGAGAGUUCCAGCAAGCAUUUGCCAUCUCCAUGGCAACAAGUCUGUCCCCAUCUGACCAAGCUGCUUUUGCUUUUCUGUUAUCUCUCUCUCUCUGUCUUUUUUUAAAAAAUAAUCUUGUCCUUUUCCUGAACUGCGGCUGAACAAGUUCCCCAUUUGCUUUGGAGAGUGGUCCAGUUGAGAGGUUUGGCAAGGGGGGUCGGGGAAGGAGGGGGGCUUUUUCAUUCUGUAAGGUGGAUUGAAAGAGUUGGAUUUUCGUUUGGCUUUGAAACUGCUUUAAUGGUUCGUUGUGCAUACCCGAUUCACACACAAAGACUCACUCUCAAAAACCCUUAUAUGCAAAAAUGUGCACAUUAGAGACCUCUUCACCAUACUCAAGGAUGGCACCGUCGACAGCGAGAGUCAGUCUGGCGGGGUGAGUGCCAUGAGAGACAUAGGAUGGAAACACACAGAACCAACACCCACUGUCACACCCCGAUGGCUCGCGGGUGACAGAGAGGGCGCCGGUCGGAGGAGCCUAGAACCGGUCCCGGUUACUGAUUCCCCCUGAUUUGACAAAUGAUGGCCUGGGAUUGCCUUUUACCUCACGGAAAUCUCGGAGCUGGUUUCGAAGACGAGGGUGGAAACCCUAGUUAAAAGAAGGAGAACAGGUUUCCCGGGGCCCGGAAGGACCAUCACACCUUGAAUCUUGACACAUCUGGAAAAACAGUCGGUCCCCCACCCCUCAAGCCCAAGAUGACAAGUUCCCGUUGACUCGGUUUACGUAUCCGCUGGGCCGGGGGAAGACGCGGAACUGUGGAGUCGUCCCCUCCCCGGAAACGCUUAUUUCCCCGUAGGUGGGAGAGGCCGAAGCUGCCCGGGGUAACCAGGGCCCGUCUUUGGAGCUGGAGCUCUCCCUCCUGGGUCCGUUGAGCCAAGGGGACCGAGAGAGAAGGGCGUGCUGGGAGAAUCCUUCCACUCGGAGGCUUGACACUUCCACCCGCUCGGGGCCCGAGCGCCGUUGCCAGUCAACACGGUCAGCCGUGCCCCACCCUGCGAAGAACCUUAACCAUCCCUUGGAUCGACUCUGCUCCUCACCUCCGACCACGCCGAUCUGUCUGCCGGUGGCCGUGGAAUCAGGGUGGAAUGCCAACAGGCUUCUCUGCCCUUCUGCCACCCCGCCCAGGGCUGGCAGACUCUGAGGAAGGGAGGGAGGCGGCCGGCUCACCCUAGCAGAUUGGGCUCUCCCUGCCAUGUGGCCUCCUGUUUCCAUUCCCCUCUCGCCACUCUCCCUCUGCCCGGUGCUGUGGUGUGUGGAUAAGAGCGGAGAAGGGAAUGCCCCCUCAGUGCUCACCACAGUGGACUUGGUGGCCUCUUCUCAGGCCCAGUGAGAAGUCCCCCUUCCACCCUGCAGGGGAGAGAAGCAGGGGCAACGACCCGAGGCAGACCCCCCCCACCCCCACCCAACCCAGGUCCGCCAAUCCGGAGUCCCAUUGCCACGUCCUGGUCUGACCCUUUUUUGUGUGGUCUUGUUUCUGUACAAAUAACCCAAAGUGUUUGAAACAUGGUACCUAUACUCCCUUGCACACUCCAAAAAGGAAAAGAAAAUAUCUGCAGAAAUCUUUAUUUUUGAUUUAAAAGAUAUAAUUUCAACUACAGGGAGAAUAUUAGUCGUGGCAAAUGAUUGUCCAUCAAAGAAAUAUAUAUAUAUAUACAUAUAUAUAUACAUAUAUAUGUCACAUAGCUCGUUAGCAGGUUUAUUUUUUAAAUAAAAGGCAAGAAAAAAUGGUUUGAAAUACUAUGCCACCAGUCCCUUAUCCUGUCAAACUGUCAGUAUUUUCUAAAUAAAUUUUUUUUUUGGA